AUGAACCCCAACACUUCCACUUUCCCAAUCAAACCUACCUUCUUAAAUUUACCGAUGGCAUUCAAGUUUUCAGCCAGCGGAGUCCGGUUACUCCGUUCCUACUCUCACCACCGUCUCUCGGUUUCUCUUCUUCGGCCGAAGCCGGCUGCUCGCGUCGGUUUUCGUGACGGAGGUUCCGAGCUCCGGUUUCUGUCUACUUCUUCGGAGCGAGGAAGGGGAAAGCUGGUUGAAGUAAAGGCGAAGCAAAAGGAUGAGGAGGACGGGGAUUCUGGGGGUAACGGAAGCGUUGCCGUGGCUGCUCCCGGUGCAGGCGAAGGAAGAAUUGUGGUUUCGGAGCUUCAUAAGGAAGCUACUGAGGCCUAUAUGGCUUACGCCAUGUCCGUACUACUUGGGCGUGCUUUGCCGGAUGUUCGGGAUGGUUUGAAGCCUGUACACCGCAGGAUUUUAUUUGCAAUGCAUGAGUUAGGGAUUUCAUCAAGAAAACCCUUCAAGAAAUGUGCAAGGGUUGUCGGCGAGGUCCUGGGGAAGUUUCACCCCCACGGUGAUAAUGCGGUGUAUGAUUCCUUGGUCCGAAUGGCCCAGGAUUUCUCUUUGCGUAACCCUCUCAUUCGUGGGCAUGGGAAUUUUGGCUCUAUUGAUGCUGAUCCUCCUGCUGCGAUGCGUUACACUGAGUGCAGGCUGGAAGCACUCACGGAGGCUAUGUUAUUGGCUGACCUCGAUCAGGAUACAGUCGAUUUUGUUCCAAAUUUUGAUAAUUCUCAAAAGGAACCGGCAAUACUUCCUGCCCGAAUUCCUAAUUUGUUGCUAAAUGGUGCCUCUGGAAUAGCGGUGGGAAUGGCAACAAAUAUCCCUCCCCAUAAUCUUGGCGAGUUGGUGGACGCUCUGUCUGUAUUGAUUCAUAAUCCAGAAGCCACGCUCCAAGAAUUGCUGGAGUACAUGCCAGGACCAGACUUUCCUACCGGUGGAAUUAUAAUGGGCAACCUUGGUAUUUUAGAAGCUUACCGAACUGGAAGAGGACGUGUGGUAGUAAGAGGGAAGACUGAUGUUGAGCUGCUUGAUCCGAAAACCAAGAGGACAGCAAUUAUUAUUAAAGAGAUUCCAUAUCAGACCAACAAAGCCUCUUUGGUCGAGAAGAUCGCUGAGCUUGUAGAAGAUAAGACUUUGGAAGGUAUCAGUGAUAUUCGAGAUGAAAGUGAUCGAUCAGGCAUGCGGAUAGUAAUUGAGUUGAAGAAAGGUUCAGAACCCUCAAUUGUGUUGAACAAUCUUUUUCGUCUUACUGCAUUGCAGUCAAGCUUCAGCUGUAACAUGGUGGGCAUUCUUGAUGGGAAACCUAAACUGAUGGGCUUGAAGGAAAUGCUUCAGGCUUUUUUGGACUUUAGAUGCUUUGUAGUUCAAAGGCGGGCUGAAUUCAAGCGGAAGCAGGCAAAAGAUAGAAAUCACAUUGUUGAGGGUAUCAUACGGGGGCUCGAUAACUUGGAUGAUGCAAUUGACAUAAUUAGGAAAGCUCCUAGUAAUGCUGCCGCUGCAGCUGCCUUGAUGAAAGAAUUCAGUUUGUCGGAGAAACAGGCGGAAGCCAUAUUGGACAUUAGCCUUAGACGACUUACCCUUCUUGAGAGGAAUAAGUUUGUUGAAGAGGGAAAAUCUUUGAACGACCAGAUUUCCAAACUGGAUGAGCUUUUGUCAAGCAAAAAGCGAAUACUUCAGUUGAUUCAAGAAGAAGCCAUUGAAGUGAAAAACAGAUUUUCCACCGCAAGGCGUUCCUUCCUUGAUGAAUCUGAGAGCUCGCAGGUGGAAGAGAUAGACAUCAUCCCCAAUGACGAAAUGCUGCUGGCCAUAAGUGAGAAGGGGUAUGUCAAACGUAUGAAGCCAGAUACUUUCAGUCUUCAACACCGUGGAACAAUUGGUAAAUCUGUGGGGAAACUAAAAGUGAAUGAUACCAUGUCUGAUUUUCUGGUCUGCCGUGCCCAUGAUCACAUUUUAUAUUUCAGUGACAAGGGAACAGUAUAUUCAGCUAGGGCAUUCAAAAUUCCAGAGUGCUCUCGAGCCGCUGCUGGUGUGCCGCUUAUUCAGAUUUUGUCACUGUCGGAUGGGGAGAGAAUUACUUCAAUCAUUCCAGUGAAUGAUUUUUCUGGAGAUCAGUAUCUUGUGAUGCUUACAGUGAAAGGAUACAUAAAAAAAGUAUCUAUGAACUAUUUCUCCUCAAUUAGAUCAACUGGAAUCAUAGCAAUUCAAUUGGUUUCUGGGGAUGAAUUAAAGUGGGUGAAGCGUUGUACAAAUGAUGACCUGGUUGCCAUGGCUUCACAAAAUGGAAUGGUGAAUUUAACUUCUUGUGACUCUAUUAGAGCUCUUGGAAGGAACACAAGAGGUUCGAUUGCCAUGAGGCUAAAAGGGGAGGAUAAAGUAGCAAGUAUGGAUAUAAUUCCAGCAGGCUUGAGGAAACAGUUGGAUGAUCUUUCUGAAUCUCGUCGGAGUUGCAAGGGAUUGCCUGGGCCAUGGCUACUUUUCGUGUCUGAAAAUGGUUUUGGCAAGAGAGUUGCUCUCAGUAGUUUCCGGAUGUCACCGUUGAACCGAACUGGUUUAAUAGGUUAUAAGUUUGCAUCUGAAGACCGGUUAGCUGCAGUAUUUGUUGUUGGGUUCUCCUUGGGAGAUGACGGUGAAAGUGAUGAACAAGUUGUUCUUGUAAGCCAGAGUGGGACUGUGAACCGCAUCAAAGUGCGAGACAUUUCCAUUCAGUCCCGAUUUGCCAGAGGUGUGAUCCUGAUGAGACUGGAUCAUACUGGGAAAAUAAAAUCGGCUUCGUUGAUAUCUGGGGCAGAAGCAGAUGCUGAUGAAAGUGAAGCCAUGGAAGCUGCUGCUGCAUAG